GGUGGUGCUUUCUCUGACAGGAGGAAGAAGGCUUGUGACUGGCAGCGGCUUCUCCAACCCUCAAAAGCCGGCUGUUCUUUUGCUACUUCCUUUAUAAAACAACGGGGGAUCUAUGGCUGCGAAAGGGAUGAAUCUCUGCUACGUGUGCUGCCUGCUCCUUUACGUUAUCGCGGCGGUGCUUGCGGGGCGAGAUUUCUAUGCAAUCCUAGGGGUGAGCAAGACUGCAUCGAUCAGGGACAUCAAGAAGGCCUACAGAAAGCUGGCUCUCCAGCUACACCCCGACAGAAACCAGGAUGACCCAAAAGCUCAGGACAAAUUUGCAGACUUGGGAGCAGCUUAUGAGGUGCUCUCAGACGAGGAGAAAAGGAAACAGUAUGACGCGUACGGAGAAGAUGGACUCAAAGAGGGUCACCACGCCUCACACAACGAUAUCUUCUCCAGCUUCUUCGGUGACUUUGGGUUCAUGUUUGGAGGCAACAGACAGCAACAGGACAGGAACAUCCCCAGAGGAAAUGACAUCAUACUAGACUUGGAGGUUACGCUUGAAGAGGUGUACUCUGGGAACUUUGUCGAGGUUGUGCGGAACAAGCCUGUAGCCAAAGAAGCCCCCGGCAAGAGGAAGUGUAACUGCAGACAGGAGAUGAGGACGACGCAGCUCGGACCUGGCCGCUUCCAGAUGACCCAGGAGAUGGUGUGCGAUGAGUGUCCCAAUGUAAAGCUGGUAAAUGAGGAGCGAACCUUGGAGGUAGAAAUUGAACAGGGAGUGAGAGAUGAAAUGGAGUACCCUUUCAUUGGAGAAGGAGAACCUCACAUCGACGGCGAACCUGGAGAUCUACGUUUCCGCAUCAAAGUGUUGAAACAUCCUGUGUUUGAACGCAGAGGAGAUGACCUGUACACCAACGUCACCAUCUCUCUGGUGGAGGCAUUAGUCGGCUUUGAAAUGGACAUUGUACAUUUGGAUGGACACAAGGUCCAUAUCGAGAGAGAUAAGAUCACUAAGCCUGGUGCUCGAAUGUGGAAGAAAGGAGAGGGCCUGCCAAACUUUGACAAUAUUAACAUCCGAGGUUCCCUCAUCAUCACCUUCGAUGUGGAGUUUCCUCAGACACAGCUGGAUGAACAGCAGAAAGAUGGUAUUCGGAGCCUUCUGAAGCAGGGCUCUGUACAGAAGAUUUACAAUGGACUACAAGGAUACUAACGCACAUACAGACACAGCCUGGACUGAGUUAUCUCCCACACAAAUACACACACAUUCACAUAUCUUCAAUCAACAGGACGGUGCUCUGUCAUUCUGGCCAGGGCGUAUUUAUUAUUUUCAGAUCGUUCUCAGGAUGGCUUGAAUCCAAUUAGUUUUUAUUUUUUAAUGUUCAGAUUGACAGAAGUGGCACAAUUGCAGAUGUUUUAUUUGAAGUGUAUAAAAUGGACAUAAUGCUAUGUCUUUAUUGUACUUUUUUUUUUGUCCUAACAACAUUAUACUGUAAAAAGGCCCUUAUUUUUUUUAAUUUUUUUUUUUUUUGUUCAUUUAAAAAAUCAAAUUCACUUGUUUCUGUCUGUUUGGGUGUUAUGAUCAAACAAACACUGUCUACUAAUGUGUCAGCCAUUAUACCUUUCUGGAGAAGACACUUUGGUUCAGCCCUCUACAUCUGCUAAAGGAUGAGCCACUGACAAACUGGAUAUCUGAAGAAGAAGGAAAAUCCCCUACCAAUUUUCAACUUUUGCAAGAACAGAAGUUGCUUCAUUUUGUCCUUUUAGUUAAUUAGUUUUAUGAAUGUAACAGCUUUAGCUGUUGAGGGAUGAAAUGGUUGGUUGGUGUUUUUUUUGUUCUGGUCUGAUUCCUGUUCAAUAAUACUUUGUAAAUAGGGAAGAACAAAGCUCAUCUGUUGUGUUUUAGCUUUCCUAAUUUAUGUUGCCUCUUUCUUGUCUGUUUGCAUUUUAAAAGUUGCAACGGAAGAACUGUCGCCAUUGCACAACUCCAAAGUUCGCUGUGAGAAGAGUUGACCUCUUAAAUUAAACGGUGAAGCUUUAUUAUAAUGGAGGAAUGGGGUCAGUUUGCACAGUAGAAAGGUUUUGUUCCAGACACCUCUGACACUCACGCUGUCCGGGCUGAACACUUCCACCUCAAAGGGACUUCACUGAAGGAUCAGCAUCCCUGUCGGACAUUUUUUUGUUCCUGACUGGAAACAGUUUGGUUUAUAAUGUGGUUUUAGACUUCACCUUCUCUCUUUUACUAGUGUCUGCAACGCUGCCUCCCAAUUUUAUGAGCGUGUCAUGGCCUUAAAUGUGAUUUCAUUGGCCAUUUUUACUGGGUGAUCUAGGGGAUAAUGUACUUUUGACCGACGCUAUGAAUAAAGAUUUCUACAAAUUCUGAUGAAA